UGGUUGCCUGCGCAGUUAACCCCUCAGUCAGAUCACCUGGAAGUCCUUGUUCAAGUUCAAGCCAUCCAUCAACCCCACCAGUGAUUGCGAGGAAGAGGUUUACACAUGUUAAAACCACCAAAACAGAGGCCAAUGAGAAUUGAACCCUGAGCAUAAUUUGUAACAAACAGGACUGAUGUGCCCAGAGAAGGAAUGAAGUAUGGAUGUGAAAGAACGUAGGCCUUACUGCUCCCUGACCAAGAGCAGACGAGAGAAAGAACGGCGGUAUACAAAUUCCUCAGCAGACAAUGACGAGUGUAGGGUACCGACACAGAAGUCUUACAGUUCCAGUGAAACCUUGAAAGCUUUUGAUCAUGAUUCCUCGCGGCUGCUUUAUGGAAACAGAGUAAAGGAUUUGGUUCACAGAGAAGCAGACGAGUACAGCAGACAAGGACAGAAUUUUACCCUAAGGCAGUUAGGCGUUUGUGAACCAGCAACUCGAAGAGGACUGGCAUUUUGUGCGGAAAUGGGGCUCCCCCACAGAGGUUACUCAAUCAGUGCAGGGUCAGAUGCUGAUACUGAAAAUGAAGCAGUGAUGUCCCCAGAGCAUGCCAUGAGACUUUGGGGCCGGGGGGUCAAAUCAGGCCGCAGCUCCUGCCUGUCAAGCCGGUCCAACUCAGCCCUCACCCUGACAGAUACAGAGCAUGAAAACAAGUCCGACAGUGAGAACGAGCAACCUGCAAAUAACCAAGGCCAGUCCACCCUGCAGUCUUUGCCACCUUCCCAUAAGCAGCACUCUGCACAACAUCAUCCAUCCAUCACUUCUCUCAAUAGAAACUCUCUGACCAAUAGAAGGAAUCAGAGUCCGGCCCCGCCGGCUGCUUUGCCCGCCGAGCUGCAAACCACACCUGAGUCCGUCCAGCUGCAGGACAGCUGGGUCCUUGGCAGUAAUGUACCACUGGAAAGCAGGCAUUUCCUAUUCAAAACAGGAACAGGGACAACGCCACUGUUCAGUACUGCAACCCCAGGAUACACAAUGGCAUCUGGCUCUGUUUAUUCGCCGCCUACUCGGCCACUACCUAGAAACACUCUGUCAAGAAGUGCUUUUAAAUUCAAGAAGUCUUCAAAGUACUGUAGCUGGAAAUGUACUGCACUCUGUGCCGUAGGAGUCUCGGUGCUCCUGGCAAUACUCCUGUCAUAUUUUAUAGCAAUGCAUCUAUUUGGCCUCAACUGGCAGUUACAGCAGACUGAAAAUGACACAUUUGAGAAUGGAAAAGUGAAUUCUGAUACCAUGCCAACAAGCACUAUAUCAUUGCCUUCUGGUGACAAUGGAAAAUUAGGCGGAUUUACACAAGAAAAUAACACCAUAGAUUCUGGAGAACUUGAUAUUGGCCGAAGAGCAAUUCAAGAGGUUCCUCCUGGGAUCUUUUGGAGAUCACAGCUGUUUAUUGAUCAGCCACAGUUUCUUAAAUUCAAUAUCUCUCUUCAGAAGGAUGCAUUGAUUGGAGUAUAUGGCCGAAAAGGCUUACCACCUUCCCAUACACAGUACGAUUUUGUGGAGCUUCUGGAUGGCAGCAGGUUGAUUGCAAGAGAGCAGCGGAAUCUCCUCGAGCCAGAAAGAGCAGGGCGACAGGCAAGAUCCGUCAGUCUUCACGAGGCUGGUUUCAUCCAGUACUUGGAUUCUGGAAUCUGGCAUCUGGCUUUUUAUAAUGAUGGGAAAAAUGCAGAACAGGUGUCUUUUAAUACCAUUGUCAUAGAGUCUGUGGUGGAAUGUCCCCGAAAUUGCCAUGGAAACGGAGAGUGUGUUUCUGGAACUUGCCAUUGUUUUCCAGGAUUUCUAGGUCCAGACUGUUCAAGAGCAGCCUGUCCAGUGCUGUGUAGUGGCAAUGGGCAGUACUCUAAGGGCCGCUGCCUCUGUUUCAGCGGCUGGAAGGGCACCGAGUGUGAUGUGCCAACUACCCAGUGUAUUGACCCACAGUGUGGGGGUCGUGGGAUUUGUAUCAUGGGCUCUUGUGCUUGCAACUCAGGAUACAAAGGAGAAAAUUGUGAAGAAGCUGACUGUCUAGACCCUGGAUGUUCUAAUCAUGGUGUGUGUAUCCAUGGGGAAUGCCACUGCAAUCCAGGAUGGGGGGGUAACAAUUGUGAACUAGUAAAGACCAUGUGCCCGGAUCAGUGCUCUGGCCAUGGAACGUAUCUUCAAGAAAGUGGCUCCUGCACUUGUGACCCUAACUGGACUGGCCCAGACUGCUCAAAUGAAAUAUGUUCCGUGGACUGUGGCUCACAUGGUGUUUGCAUGGGGGGGACUUGUCGCUGUGAAGAGGGCUGGACAGGCCCAGCAUGUAAUCAGAGAGCCUGCCACCCCCGCUGUGCUGAACACGGAACCUGCAAAGACGGCAAGUGUGAAUGCAGCCAGGGAUGGAAUGGAGAGCACUGUACUAUUGCUCACUAUUUGGAUAAGAUAGUUAAAGAGGGUUGCCCUGGUCUGUGCAAUAGCAAUGGAAGAUGUACACUGGACCAAAACGGCUGGCAUUGUGUUUGCCAGCCAGGGUGGAGAGGAGCAGGAUGUGAUGUAGCCAUGGAGACUCUCUGCACAGAUAGCAAGGACAAUGAAGGCGAUGGACUCAUUGACUGCAUGGAUCCUGAUUGCUGCUUACAGAGUUCCUGCCAAAACCAGCCCUACUGUCGUGGACUGCCUGAUCCCCAGGACGUCAUUAGCCAAAGCUUACAAUCACCAUCUCAGCAAGCUGCCAAAUCCUUCUAUGAUCGAAUCAGUUUUCUUAUAGGAUCUGAUAGCACCCAUGUUAUACCUGGAGAAAGUCCUUUCAAUAAGAGCCUUGCAUCUGUCAUCAGAGGCCAAGUAUUAACUGCUGAUGGAACUCCACUUAUUGGAGUAAAUGUCUCAUUUUUCCAUUACCCGGAAUAUGGAUAUACUAUAACCCGCCAGGAUGGAAUGUUUGACUUGGUGGCAAAUGGUGGGGCUUCUCUAACUUUGGUAUUUGAACGAUCCCCAUUCCUCACUCAGUAUCACACUGUGUGGAUUCCAUGGAAUGUCUUUUAUGUGAUGGAUACCCUAGUCAUGAAGAAAGAAGAGAAUGACAUUCCCAGCUGUGAUCUGAGUGGAUUUGUGAGGCCAAAUCCUAUCAUUGUGUCAUCACCUUUAUCCACCUUUUUCAGAUCCUCUCCUGAAGACAGUCCCAUUAUUCCUGAAACACAGGUACUCCAUGAAGAAACCACAAUUCCAGGAACAGAUUUGAAACUUUCCUACUUGAGUUCCAGAGCAGCAGGAUAUAAGUCAGUUCUGAAGAUCACUAUGACUCAGUCUGUUAUACCAUUUAAUUUAAUGAAGGUUCAUCUUAUGGUAGCUGUAGUAGGAAGACUCUUUCAAAAGUGGUUUCCUGCUUCACCAAACUUGGCCUAUACUUUUAUAUGGGAUAAAACAGAUGCAUAUAAUCAGAAGGUCUAUGGUCUAUCUGAAGCUGUUGUGUCAGUUGGAUAUGAAUAUGAAUCUUGUUUGGACCUGACUCUCUGGGAAAAGAGGACUGCCAUUUUGCAAGGCUAUGAAUUAGAUGCUUCCAACAUGGGUGGUUGGACAUUAGAUAAACAUCAUGUGUUGGAUGUUCAGAAUGGUAUCUUGUACAAGGGAAAUGGGGAAAAUCAGUUUAUCUCCCAACAGCCUCCAAUUGUCAGCAGCAUCAUGGGCAAUGGGCGAAGGCGCAGUAUCUCAUGCCCAAGUUGCAACGGUCAAGCUGAUGGUAAUAAACUAUUGGCCCCCGUUGCGUUAGCUUGUGGGACUGAUGGCAGCCUAUAUGUGGGAGAUUUCAACUAUGUUCGGCGGAUAUUCCCUUCUGGAAACGUAACGAGUGUUUUAGAACUAAGAAAUAAAGAUUUUAGACAUAGCAGCAACCCAGCUCAUAGAUACUACCUUGCAACUGAUCCAGUCACAGGAGAUUUGUAUGUUUCUGACACUAACACCCGCAGAAUUUAUCGCCCAAAGUCACUUACGGGUGCAAAAGACUUGACUAAAAAUGCUGAAGUGGUUGCAGGGACAGGAGAGCAGUGCCUUCCAUUUGAUGAAGCCAGAUGUGGGGAUGGAGGGAAGGCUGUGGAAGCAACACUCAUGAGUCCCAAAGGAAUGGCUGUUGAUAAGAAUGGAUUAAUCUACUUUGUUGAUGGAACCAUGAUCAGAAAAGUGGAUCAAAAUGGAAUCAUAUCUACUCUCCUGGGCUCUAAUGAUCUGACUUCAGCCAGACCUUUAACUUGUGACACCAGCAUGCACAUUGGCCAGGUACGCCUGGAAUGGCCCACUGACCUAGCCAUUAACCCUAUGGAUAACUCCAUUUAUGUCCUGGAUAAUAACGUAGUUUUACAGAUCACUGAAAAUCGUCAAGUUCGCAUUGCUGCUGGACGGCCCAUGCACUGUCAGGUUCCUGGAGUAGAAUACUCUGUGGGGAAGCAUGCAGUUCAGACGACACUGGAAUCAGCUACUGCCAUUGCUGUGUCCUACAGUGGGGUCCUGUACAUUACUGAAACUGAUGAAAAGAAAAUUAACCGAAUAAGACAGGUCACAACAGAUGGGGAAAUCUCCUUAGUUGCUGGAACACCUUCAGAGUGUGACUGUAAAAACGAUGCCAACUGCGACUGCUAUCAGAGUGGAGAUGGUUAUGCCAAAGAUGCCAAACUUAAUGCUCCAUCUUCCUUAGCUGCUUCUCCAGACGGCACACUGUAUAUUGCAGAUCUUGGAAAUAUUCGGAUUCGUGCUGUGUCAAAGAAUAAGCCUUCACUUAACUCUAUGAACUUUUAUGAAGUCGCCUCUCCAACUGAUCAAGAACUCUAUAUUUUUGACAUCAAUGGUACUCACCAGUAUACUGUAAGUUUAGUAACUGGUGACUACCUGUACAAUUUUAGCUACAGCAACGAUAAUGAUAUUACUGCCGUGACAGACAGCAAUGGCAAUACCCUUAGAAUUAGACGGGACCCGAAUCGGAUGCCUGUUCGUGUGGUGUCUCCUGAUAACCAGGUGAUAUGGUUGACAAUAGGAACAAAUGGAUGUUUGAAGAGCAUGACUGCUCAAGGACUAGAAUUAGUUUUAUUUACUUACCACGGCAAUAGUGGCCUUUUAGCCACUAAAAGCGAUGAAACUGGAUGGACAACAUUUUUUGAUUAUGACAGUGAAGGUCAUCUGACAAAUGUUACGUUUCCAACUGGAGUGGUCACAAACCUUCAUGGGGACAUGGACAAGGCUAUCACGGUGGACAUUGAAUCAUCCAGCCGAGAGGAAGAUGUCAGCAUCACUUCAAAUCUGUCCUCAAUUGAUUCUUUCUAUACCAUGGUUCAAGAUCAGUUAAGGAACAGCUACCAGAUUGGUUACGACGGCUCCCUUAGAAUCAUCUAUGCCAGUGGUCUGGAUUCACACUACCAAACAGAGCCACACGUCCUGGCUGGCACAGCUAACCCAACAGUUGCCAAAAGAAACAUGACUCUCCCUGGUGAGAAUGGUCAAAAUUUGGUAGAAUGGAGAUUCCGGAAAGAACAAGCCCAAGGAAAAGUCAAUGUCUUUGGUCGAAAGCUUAGGGUUAAUGGCAGAAACCUCCUUUCUGUCGACUUUGAUCGAACAACAAAGACGGAAAAGAUCUACGACGACCACCGUAAAUUUCUACUGAGGAUCGCCUACGACACAUCAGGGCACCCAACUCUGUGGCUGCCAAGCAGCAAGCUGAUGGCCGUCAACGUUACCUACUCAUCCACAGGUCAAAUUGCCAGCAUCCAGAGAGGAACUACUAGCGAAAAAGUAGAUUAUGAUGGACAGGGGAGGAUUGUAUCUCGAGUCUUUGCUGAUGGUAAAACAUGGAGUUACACAUACUUAGAAAAGUCCAUGGUUCUUCUGCUUCACAGCCAGCGGCAAUACAUCUUUGAAUACGACAUGUGGGACCGGCUGUCUGCCAUCACCAUGCCCAGCGUGGCCCGCCACACCAUGCAGACCAUCCGAUCCAUUGGCUACUACCGGAACAUUUACAACCCCCCAGAAAGCAAUGCCUCCAUCAUCACAGACUACAAUAAGGAAGGGCUGCUUCUGCAAACGGCUUUCUUGGGUACAAGUCGGAGGGUCUUAUUCAAAUAUAGAAGGCAGACCAGGCUCUCAGAAAUUUUAUAUGAUAGCACAAGAGUCAGUUUUACCUAUGAUGAAACAGCAGGAGUCCUAAAAACAGUAAACCUCCAGAGUGAUGGUUUUAUUUGCACCAUCAGAUACAGGCAAAUUGGCCCCCUGAUUGACAGACAGAUUUUCCGCUUUAGUGAAGAUGGGAUGGUAAACGCGAGAUUUGACUACAGCUAUGACAACAGCUUUCGAGUGACCAGCAUGCAAGGCGUCAUCAACGAAACCCCACUGCCCAUUGAUCUCUAUCAGUUUGAUGACAUUUCCGGUAAAGUCGAGCAGUUCGGAAAAUUUGGAGUUAUAUACUAUGAUAUUAACCAGAUCAUUUCCACAGCUGUAAUGACUUACACGAAGCACUUUGAUGCUCAUGGCCGCAUCAAGGAAAUUCAAUAUGAGAUAUUCAGGUCACUCAUGUACUGGAUUACAAUUCAAUAUGAUAACAUGGGCCGGGUUACCAAGAGAGAGAUUAAAAUAGGGCCCUUUGCCAACACUACCAAAUAUGCUUAUGAAUAUGAUGUUGAUGGACAGCUCCAAACAGUUUACCUAAAUGAAAAGAUUAUGUGGCGUUACAACUACGAUCUGAACGGAAACCUCCAUUUACUGAACCCAAGCAACAGUGCACGUUUGACGCCUCUUCGCUACGACCUGCGAGACAGAAUCACUCGACUGGGUGAUGUUCAGUAUCGGUUAGAUGAAGAUGGUUUUCUGCGUCAGAGAGGCACAGAGAUCUUUGAAUAUAGCUCCAAGGGGCUUCUAACUCGAGUUUACAGUAAAGGCAGUGGCUGGACAGUGAUCUACCGUUAUGAUGGCCUGGGAAGGCGUGUAUCUAGUAAAACCAGUCUAGGGCAGCACCUGCAGUUUUUUUAUGCUGACCUGACUUAUCCCACGAGGAUUACUCAUGUCUACAACCACUCAAGUUCAGAAAUUACCUCCCUCUAUUAUGAUCUCCAAGGACAUCUUUUUGCCAUGGAAAUCAGCAGUGGGGAUGAAUUCUACAUUGCAUCAGAUAACACAGGGACACCACUGGCUGUUUUCAGUAGCAGUGGGCUUAUGCUAAAACAGAUUCAGUACACUGCAUAUGGUGAAAUCUAUUUUGACUCAAAUAUUGACUUCCAACUGGUAAUAGGAUUUCAUGGUGGCCUGUAUGACCCACUCACCAAAUUAAUCCACUUUGGAGAAAGAGAUUAUGACAUUUUGGCAGGGCGAUGGACAACGCCUGACAUAGAAAUCUGGAAAAGAAUUGGGAAGGACCCAGCUCCUUUUAACCUGUAUAUGUUUAGGAAUAACAAUCCUGCAAGCAAAAUCCAUGAUGUGAAAGACUACAUCACAGAUGUUAACAGCUGGCUGGUGACAUUUGGCUUCCAUCUGCACAAUGCUAUUCCUGGAUUCCCUGUUCCCAAAUUUGAUUUAACAGAGCCUUCUUACGAACUUGUGAAGAGUCAGCAGUGGGAUGAUAUACCGCCCAUUUUCGGAGUUCAACAGCAAGUGGCGAGGCAAGCCAAGGCCUUCCUGUCCCUGGGGAAGAUGGCGGAGGUGCAGGUGAGCAGGCGCAAGGCCGGCGGCGAGCAGUCGUGGCUGUGGUUCGCCACGGUCAAGUCUCUGAUCGGCAAGGGCGUCAUGCUGGCCGUCAGCCAGGGCCGCGUGCAGACCAACGUGCUCAACAUCGCCAACGAGGACUGCAUCAAGGUGGCGGCCGUGCUCAACAACGCCUUCUACCUGGAGAACCUGCACUUCACCAUCGAGGGCAAGGACACGCACUACUUCAUCAAGACCACCACGCCCGAGAGCGACCUGGGCACGCUGCGGCUGACGAGCGGGCGCAAGGCCCUGGAGAACGGCAUCAACGUGACCGUGUCGCAGUCCACCACCGUGGUCAACGGCAGGACUCGCAGGUUCGCCGACGUGGAGAUGCAGUUCGGCGCGCUGGCGCUGCACGUGCGCUACGGCAUGACGCUGGACGAGGAGAAGGCGCGCAUCCUGGAGCAGGCGCGGCAGCGCGCCCUGGCCCGGGCGUGGGCGCGCGAGCAGCAGCGCGUGCGCGACGGCGAGGAGGGCGCGCGCCUCUGGACGGAGGGCGAGAAGCGGCAGCUGCUGAGCGCCGGCAAGGUGCAGGGCUACGACGGGUACUACGUACUCUCGGUGGAGCAGUACCCCGAGCUGGCCGACAGCGCCAACAACAUCCAGUUCCUCAGGCAAAGCGAGAUCGGGAAGAGGUAACACCCUGGGCCGCCCCGCCCCAGGCAGCCAAAGAGACGGCGCGCCAGCCUCUUCUGAGAAGACGACCAAACUGGUUUGCUGCAUUUCUCUUGAGCCUAAACCACACCUUUGCUCAGAUUUUUCUGUAGCACAAUCUGAAUUGAACUCUCCGAGACAGAAGAGCCUUCCAGGAGAAUGAUACUGCUAUUUAAAAAGUAAAAUCCACUAAAAAACAAAAAUCAACUUUUUCUGAAUGACCUUAAAAGGUGAUCGGCUUUAAAGAAUAUGUUUACAUACGCAUAUCGCUGCACUCAGUUGGACUGAAAGUAUUUAAAGAAAUAAAAUAAUAAAAGAGAGGGGGAAAAAAAAGGCCUAAAUCUUUUGCUUAUAGGCCAUCUGUUCCUUUGAGGCACUGUGUUUAACUAAGGUAAAAAUUCGUACGGUGUUUCCAAAUAUUACCGAAUUGUCGACCUUUGCUUACAAGAAGUAGUCUCUCUGCUUAGGAUGUGUUCUAUAUCUCUGUUAAUUUUAAAAUGUGGGGCAAAAUUACUGUUUAUAGACAACCCAACUGCUUUACCUGUGCUGCUUUGUAAAAGGACAUUGGCACAUGGGACUUCUGCCACGGCGGGGAUCUAAGAAAGGAUUUUCCAAUGCCAACAUCGUUCGCCUGGGGGGGGAAAUGGGCAAACCAAAUCUUUGUCACUGAUAAGCAAAGGAAACCCUGAUUUUUUUGUAAAUUAUGUGAGACAAGUUGUUUAUGGAUUUUUAUAUGAAUUACAGUUUACUGUACAUCAAAUAUUAGUCUCAGAGGAGUUAAUUUAUGUAAAGUGUUUAAAAAGUUUAUACUUAAAAAUAAAAUGCUGAAAACAUGUGAACUGUGUGAUUUUUUUAAAAGGAUUGCACCUUUUGUUAUCUGUUAUAGCUGUACAGUAUAAAUUAUUAUAUUGUAGAGAUAUAACAACUUAUUGCCUAUAAUGUCCAUAAGUGUUAAUAUUUUUGUAUUAGGUUGGAAAAAAAAAUGUGCAACUUUCUAUCACUAGACAGAUAGGACAGUGCAAUCCUAAGUGGGUGGCUAAUCAGAGAACUGCUCCUUUCUCUUCCUUCUCUUUUUCAUCAAGCCAGUGUCCUCAACCAUUACCUACCAAGAGGCACGGAGAAAAUGAAGGCUGGUGGAAUGUAAUGGAAGCCUGAAAACAUGGGGAGGUGGGGUUCUCUGACCCUCUCAGCCCGAUCAGUUAAUGGGGAGUUGAUAUCAUUAACCACACAGGGUUUUUACUCUUCCUGUUCCCUGGGAUCUCCGUUAUUCCUCGUGGAGAAGACCACAUCAGAUACCCGGAAAACCUACUGGGGAGAAUGAAAGGAACUAACGUAGUCUUGACCACAAAUAUAUGUCUCCUUAAGACCUAGGAAAGAUAGCAGGAACCCAGGAGAGGCGAGGGAGCUGGAUGGAGACGGGCGGGGUCACUCAUGUUAGUCUGGGGUUUGGACUUUCGGGUCACCCAGAGGGACAACAAAAAGAAAAAAAGAGACAAAAGCCCCUGUAGGCCCACAUGACUAAACCACCUCAGGAGCUGGUUUGAAUGGCAGCCUCCGAGGGGUGGCAGAGCCAACUGGAAGCGACCUGACAGCCGUGCCCUCCGCGCGCGCCUGCGGGAAGGAGCACAGCCGCCAUCUGCGCUUCUGCGCCAGCUCUGCCGCGCUUACAAAUCUCUUGUGAGCGCUAAAUUCAGCCACAAAAAUAUUUUUAGAAAAUAUUCCUCAGUUCCUUGAGCUAUAGUACACACUGUUUUCCUCUAUGUAUAAUGGCGAUAAAAUAUAGCAAGUGAACAUGUCGUAAAUAUAAAGGUUCAAGUGAUGUAUUGAAAAUAAUUUUUCUAACUGCUUUGUAUGUACCACAUACUCAGAAUUGCACAGUAGGUGUGUUUAUUAAACAGAUUGGCUGGGAAAGUUUCAAAAUAGCUACUGAAUUUACAGUAUCAGUGCUAUUACUGUCUUUGUGUGUUUGGUAGAGCAUACCGAAGUAAUUACUCUUCUAAUGAAUGCUGAUAUUUUAUUAGAAUGAAAGCACAGAUUAGCAUUAAUAUUUUUUAUCCUGAAAAUCCUUUGGCAAGUAUUACGAAGCCCAAAUUUAGAAAACUAUGAUAUUUCAAACCACAUAAACAUAAACUCUGUUUUACAUUUUAUUUUUUAACUGUUAACUUAGGUAAUUGCAGUUCUGUUGCGUGGAACUUCUGCAGGACUGUAUUUGGCAUGCUGUAAGUACUUUUGGGUGAAAUAGGCUCUGAGUCUAAAUUCUCAGAAAUGAUUCUGAUGUAUUGACUAUGGAAAGCUUGUACUACAUGACAGAAGUGAAAAAUAUUCUUAUUCUCUUCUUGACAUGGACUGGUCCUUUACAAUGGCACCGAUAAAUAACAGAUUUGGAGUAUCUCCUGGUGCUUAUUUUAGAUGAAGUCAAAUCAACCCAAUUAGUGUCUUGUUAGUACGUAUAAUGAGCCUAUUUCUUUCUAAAAAGACUUGUGAUCUGGACAUGCUUUUACAAGAAAUAGUGACCUUGGGGGAUAUGUAAACAAAAGACCUUUUCUAAGGGGAGGGAGGGGGGAACUGUAUAAUGAAAAGAAUUAGCUUACAAAAAAGAAAUUGAUAAUCAAAGUAUUUUAGGAAAAGCCAGUCGAAAUGCUUUCAUGAUAUUUUGAGAUGUAAAUUUUGUCUGAUUUGUAUUGUUCUUUUCAUUUGCCUUCUUAACUUUAUAUGUGACCUGAAUUUUCCAUAACUUGAUGACUAUAGAUUGCAUCUAGGCAUUCCAAUAAAAGCCAACCC